UCCUAACUCCUUGUCACUUCUACAUCAUUAAUUACAUACAUACAUACCCCCUUCUCGCUCAAUUCUCCUCCAAUACCGGCGUCGCCGCCGCCGCCACGACCGACACCACCACUACUUUACUGUGAUACCCAGGAGGGAAGCCAGGGAUGGAACCAAAACUAACGGCGGAUAUAGACCAGAUGCCCCCGCGAGGACCCCACCACCGUCGAGCCCACUCCGACACCUCCUUCCGCCUCGAUGAUCUCCUCUUCUUUGAUAUCUCCGACCUCGACCUUUCCUCCCUCGACCUCCCCACCCCACCUUCCAAUCCCACUCCUUCUCGUGCUAUCCCCGUUUCGGCUGAUUCCUCCGACGACUCCUCAUCCAACGGCCAACCUCGCCCUUCUCAACCCAGGCAAAUCUCCUCCCACCUCCGCAGCCUCUCCGUUGACUCCGAUUUCUUCGAUGGACUUGGGUUAACUGGACCCGCGGUUUCCGGACCCGCCGAAGAGAAACUUGGCGGGAAAUUGGCGGCGGGUGAGAAGAGGACGCACCAUAGACACAGUAAUUCCAUGGAUGGGUCUACCUCAGCCUCCUUUGACCUGGACUCUGUUAUGGCUGUGGAUGGUGUUAAGAAGGCUAUGGCUCCUGAUAGACUAGCUGAGCUUGCUCUGAUUGAUCCCAAGAGAGCUAAGAGGAUUCUGGCUAACAGGCAAUCUGCUGCACGAUCAAAGGAGAGGAAAAUUAGGUAUACCAAUGAGCUAGAGAGGAAGGUGCAGACUCUUCAGACGGAAGCUACCAGUCUCUCUGCUCAGGUUACAUUGCUACAGAGGGACACUACUGGGUUGACUGCUGAGAAUAAGGAACUUAAAUUACGACUUCAGGCAAUGGAACAGCAAGCACAACUUAGAGAUGCCUUGAAUGAAGCUUUGAAGGAAGAAGUGCAGCGGCUUAAGAUAACAGCUAGCCAAAUGUCAGCCAUGAAUGGGAAUCCUUUCAACAGAGUACUAACUCCUCAAUUUGCAACUCAGCAAUUGGCCCCACAUCAAUUUGGUGCUCCUCAGACCCAGCAGCAUCAACAGCAGCCGCCACCACAACAGUUGUCUCAACCAUCCACCAACAACCAGACUCUCAACAGGCAGCCUCAUCCACACUUCAUGGACUUUGACCAGAGGGUCUAAUGACGUAUCAGAAUCUAAUAACACGAAAGAAAAUUUGUUCAGGGUAUCUCUUUGUACAUAGAAAUAUGUAUAUGAUUUGCAGAUAGAGUUUGCAAGGAGUGUUGCUUGACUAGUUCUUGUACCAGUGUCACAAAAUUGUUGCAUCACCAUUAAAGAAGAUAUGACUAGAAAUCUGUUUGCAAGGAGAUGCUAGGUCUUAUUAUUCAGUUAUUGAUGACUAGAUGAUUGUUGUAACUUAGUUUCUAGACUACAGAACAAUAAUUCUGCGGGGAUAGUGUGCCUUCAACAUAUCAUGUUCUUACCAAGGGAAUGAUUUUGUGUUUCCACUUUCCAGUCUUGUAUUAUGUUUUCUUGCAAUAGGUAUGUGUUAUGCAGAAAUUCUGAUGCAUCUUCACCAUAACAUUGUUCUUGGUUCUUUCUUGAUCAUUUUAUUUAGACCUGCAAUAAGAAGUUGGCACUUGG